UAGAAGUAAACCCUAAAUUAUUGUCGUACUUCCGACUGACACAACCAAAACAUCCGACCUUAGAAGUACGGUCUUGUCUCCGUUGUGUUUGUUUCGACGAUGGGGGAGGCCGACGUGACGCAGAACCAGUCCGACGAGAAGCCACCGGACGCGGCCCUGGUACCCGGCGAGGAGUCGGUGGUGUGGAGCCACGAGGUGGAGGUCUGCCUCUUCCACGCCAUGAUCGGACACAAGCCUGUUGGAGUGAACCGGCACUUCCACAUGAUCUGCAUCCGAGACAAGUUUAGUCAGAACAUAGGCCGCCAGAUCUCUUCUUCAGUCAUCUGGGAUCAUCUGGGAAGCAUGUACGACAUGCAGGCACUGCACGAGUCUGAGAUCUUGCCCUUUCCCAACUCGGAGAAGAGUUUCUUUCUGCCUGAUGACAUCAUCCAGGAAGUGAAAGAAGGCAAGAUGUGCUCAGAGGAGGAGCCAAAGGAGGAGCUGGAGCUGGAGCGAGAGCUACCCGCCAUGCACGAAGAAGGAAGUAACUCCUCUCUCAAGAUGUCAGAGCGGACGACCAGCACCCGUGACAAGGAGAAGGGCGGGGUCGAGUGCGCGGUAACAGGUGGAGGAGCAGGCGGGGGUGGGAAGGAAGCAGAGAAGAGGAAGAGGAGUCGUGGUGCCGAGAAACUCCUGUCAUCUUCCAACCCUGCCAGCCCCGGAGGAGCCAAGAGGAGACGCACAUGACCAUGCAACUGGUCCCAUGACAAAAAACAGCUGGUGUGUCUCUUCAUGGCCUUUUUGCAACCAGAGGUCAACGCUCGGUUGCUUUUAAAGUCUGAUCAGUUGACAGGAAGUUGAAGACCGUAGUGCUGCGAGCACAGGAAGUGGACACCGUUUGCGCCAGUACAUCAUUUUUGUCUCUGUUGACGACAUCCUGAUUUUCUCUAGCCAAAUCGUUGUGAGUAGCAUGCUAAAUUAGCCUGCUAGCUGAGCCUUAGCAUUUGCUUCACAGUGCUUUUUGUCACAUUUUGAUUUAAGACGAGAAUGUAUUCUAUACGUAUUCGCUGUUUGCCUGUGUCCAUAAGCAGAUGAUGCCCGUCAUUAAGUAGACAUAACACUAUUUUUCUAUUUGUAUACCAAACCAGUAUUCCCCCUACACUUCUGGUCAAAGUUGGCAAAAGCCGAGUUGUCUUGACAUCUCUAAAGGUGAUCCGAAGCCAUUAUCCUGGUUAUGGGGUAUCUUGAGUCAUUUUCAUGGUCAGGCUGAUAAUUGUAAAUUAAUAAAGCUGUUCAAUGUUAACAAUG